CCCGACCAUCAGAUAUGAUGACUUGGUCGAAGGCUGGGCCUCGGGCAUCGUCCCGAGACUGCUCGAGUGGAACAUCUUCCCCGUGGAGUCUCUACUUACGGGGUGCGUAAGGCGGGAGCUAACCGCAAGCUUCACGUUAUGCUGUUUCCUCCGUGUCUAAUUUCCGCUGACACUAUGGGAUGCUCGUGCACACACCAAACUUUCACCACCAAUGAACCGAUUGGCCGAACCAGAGCAGCUGAUAUACGGGAGAGACAAAAUCACCCUGAUUUCCUACAGCUGAGGCCAAUUAGGCCUCUUCCCGCCCCUGUUCCCUGAGCCACUCCCCCACAGCUGAGCCUAACUACGCCCAAGCCACCACACACUUGAUUACUUUUUUUAUUUCAUUUAAAAAGGGUCUGAUUUAAUAUUUUGUAGAAAUGCUCCUCACAGUAUCUCCAAGAAGAAUGAACUCGGUGUUUGCGAGUACAGUGUUUUGUAUGUGAUCUUCUUCAACAUGCACCUCAUUAUGGAGGAAAUAUUAUUUUUUAUUCCAAUAAAAUGCCAGUCUAUGAACAGCGACUUAAAAACAGUAAAACAAUAUUUCAUGUGGCCAUUUCUUCACUUUGUGAGCCGUGUUCUCGGUGUUCUGAAGCCGUGUUCCAGUGGGCCCUGUGAACCACAAGGUCCAGCAGCAAUGUGAUUAUCCCGUCAUGUGAUGUCCAGCCGGGGCAUGCAAGAGGCUUUUGAUGUGAGCUGCAACAUUUCUCUGAGGUUUGAAUGCUCUGAAAAGAUUCACAGAGGCUCUUCAGCUUGAUUUGAUCGUGACAUAAUAAUCUGACUUCUCAUACAAGAGAAGAGGAGCUGCUGUUGUAGUUGUUCUUGUCAUGGAUCAUCCCACCUCCUGCCAGCACAGCCAACACAGCCACACCUCCAGCUUUCAGUGGCUUUCUUUUGCCCACCAGAGCCUGACAGAAAUCCCCUAUGAAGCCAUCCUGCCUCAGACCGACUCCCUGCAGGUGCUGGACCUGAGUAACAACCUGCUGGACGAGUAUCCUUUACCGAACAACCAAACAACUGCUCCGGGUUUCAGGUCCUUAUUGGAACCCGGCUCUGCUGGACCAGCUGCAGAAGCUCAGCACUCUGAUCCUGGACUGCAACAACUACACGUCUCACAUCAAGUUCCCCUACAUGACCACCGUGACCACGCUGUGCAUCAACAAGAACAGGAUCAACAACCUGCCGCUGUUUGUGGAAGAAAUACGACGCAAGUUCCCCAACUUAAAGAUCCUCAGUAUGAUGAACAACGAGGCAGCACCGAGCUAUUUCAAUGGAGGAAGUCUGACCCAGUACGAAGACUACAGACAGUACGUCAUGAGUCAGAUCCCAUGCCUGGAGAUCCUGGAUGACACUGAGGUCCUGGAGAAGGAGAGAGUCCAGGCUAGAAAGACCUACAGGCUGCAGCAGAGCCGCCACAGCAGCAGGAAGAGGAAAGAGGACUUG